UGAGGCAGGGGUAUAAAUGGAAACAAAGUCCCGACAGUUAUCUCCACUCCGCGCGCAGUGAAGAUCGUAACCAUAACACACCCCCACCACCGCCAUUAUCAACCACCGUAUGUCAACCACUCUACCACCACUUUCAUCUCCAUCCAAAAACCCCAUCAAAACCCUAAAACCCUCUUCUUCGUCUUCUCUGUUUCCAAACCCUCAAAAGCUUCGAUUUUCUGUCAAGAAUCGGAUUCAAUGCGAGCUUGGUAGCUUCGAUAACCCUCAAAAUUGGACCAUUGAUUGCGUAUCCGGAAGCGAUCCGAUUCACAUCAUUCUCAAGCCACUUCAUUCUUCCAUUCCAAUGGCUUCCAACGCUGCUUUGGGUUCGCCUGUGACGAGCUCCAAGAAAGUGUGCUUGUUCUACUGUGCCGAGAUGAAGGGUUUGGCUGAGAGAAUCGCCUCCGAAUCUGACGCCAUUGAGCUUCGUAGCAUUACCUGGAGGACAUUCGAUGAUGGUUUCCCCAACUUGUUCAUAUCCAAUGCCCACGGCAUUCGUGGACAACACGUGGCCUUUCUUGCCUCAUUUAGUUCUCCAGGGGUGAUUUUUGAGCAACUCUCUGUUAUCUAUGCAUUACCAAAGCUGUUUGUCUCCUCAUUCACACUUGUCCUUCCAUUUUUCCCCACGGGUACUUCUGAGCGCAUGGAGGAGGAAGGGGAUGUUGCAACUGCUUUCACUCUUGCCACAAUCUUGUCUAAUAUACCGAUUUCAAGGGGAGGGCCCACUAGUUUGGUGAUUUUUGAUAUCCAUGCAUUGCAGGAGCGAUUCUACUUUGGCGACAAUGUUUUACCAUGCUUUGAGAGCGGGAUUCCUAUGCUCAAGAAUAGGCUUCAGGGGCUCCCCGAUUCAGACAAUAUAUCGAUUGCUUUUCCAGAUGAUGGUGCAUGGAAACGGUUUCAUAAGCAGCUGCAGCAUUUCCCAAUGAUUGUUUGCGCCAAAGUUCGAGAAGGUGAUCAACGGAUUGUACGCCUCAAAGAGGGAGACCCUAGAGGACGUCAUGUUGUGAUAGUUGAUGACCUAGUACAGUCGGGUGGAACUCUGAUUGAAUGCCAGAAAGUGUUGGCAAAACAUGGAGCAACAAAAAUCAGUGCCUAUGUGACGCAUGGAAUUUUUCCUAAUAGGUCAUGGGAACGCUUCAAACAUGAUAAUGGAGGGUGCCCGGAGAAUGGAUUGACUUACUUUUGGAUCACAGACUCGUGCCCAAUGACAGUCAGAGAAGUGAAGAACAGAGCUCCAUUUGAAGUUCUUAGCCUCGCCAGUUCCAUAGCGGCUGCCCUUCAGAUUUAACCGUUGUUCCAAGCAUUCCAUUGCUAACACUCUAAAAUGGAAGGUGUUUGUUGGUUUGUUCUCUCACUUCAUUUUUAUCUACAAGGGAGUUGAGAUCUUGAGAUGCAGCGAAAAUUUAUUAAUGUUCAUCUUGUUUCAUUAAUGUAAUAAAAGUCAUACAACAUUUUGGUAAAUUAGACUUGACCUAAUAACCUUGAGGUUAUGGGUUCAAGUCUUGGGCCCACCACUUUGUGUAUUAUGCCAAAGGUUAGGUGUGGAUUCAAUCUUUACCCUCCCAAACACACAUUAAUGUGUACUAAGUGGGCGUUGUUUUUUUUUUUUUUAGCGGAAAGGAUUUGAAUAUGCUAACCUUGAAGUAGUUUCAAAGGGAAUGUGGAUGUCAAUAAUCUAGCAUCACAAACAACUUGUGGAUGAUGAUAUUCUACAUGGUAUUAACCUCCUCUUCUUGCAGUAAA